AUGGGCGGUGACACCGGGCCAAUCCAAGACUUGUGUUUCUCGGUAGAUUGUCGAACCGCUUACGUUCGAAAGGGUGAGGAGAGUGUAAGAGGCAAGCUGGCCAGCACGAGGGACUCGACACCCUUAAUUCCCGAGCAGACGUUUUAUGUCAUACACAUGCGAACAUUGGGUUCAGCUGCUGAGUUUCCAAAAAACUGGAUCAUACAGUUAACGAAUACUACAAACAUUGCUUUUGUCACACCUCCAGAUAUUGUCACGAGUGUGAUGGAAUGUGACGGGGCAGAAAAGACGGUGGAUUUUUGGCUCAGCUUGGCAGGCAGGGCUGGAAAGAGCAGUCGCGGAAAAAAUAGGGCGUCUACCAACAGACGCCCCGAGUUUGAGGGUGUACUCUACGAUCGCCAGUAUAUUUUCGAUAAACAUCAGGCAGAUUCUGCACAUGAAGAGAAUCCAAAAUCUCCUGUAUCCAAUUUCGUCAUAGGAAAAUUUGGUUCGUCGCCCAAGUACGAGACUGUCGAAGGGAUACACCGUGAGACCUCCCAGAGAAUAUACAGGACUUCAUUGACAUUGGAGACGGACCCGCCUAUAGUUGCUAUCGGCGACGAUACUGAAAAGAAACUUUCUGAAAGGCUCGCGGCUCUUUCCGCUCUAUAUCAACUGCAUGACCAAGGUUUUCUAGAUCCACCAGCUGUAGCCCCUCCGCCGGCGGCACUAAAUGAAGUCACCUUGUCAGAUUCUUCUGUGGUCGGCUACGAACGAGCACGCAAUUUCAUGGAUUACUACUGCCGCCGAUAUUCCUUCCCAAAACCUGACUUGGAUUUCGAAGAAUGCAAAGGUAAACGAGGGAACUUCUGGGAGGCAACCAUCACUGUAGAUGGACGUCGUAUUGGUAUGGGUAGUGCUCCUUCGAAGAAGCAAUCACAAGUACAAUGUUACUUGGAUGUAACGCAGUAUCUUGAGAAGUGCGACCCUGAUCUAUGGCUCGCUUUCGCAGAUGCUGAAAAAACAGGCAAGGAUCUAGGAAUGGGUCCCAAGGUACUCUUCAAGAUGGGUCGGCGUCUUAGUGAUGAAAUUAGCGAUCUUUGCAGGGACAUCAAGAAGACUGCACUGUACAGGAGUACACCUAAUGUAGAGUCCGGCUCUGGUGGUAUACGAUCCAGCACUAGUUCUAUUUCAUCACGUGCACCUUCUUAUCCUCGUGCUAUCCCUGCAGGAGUAUUGGCUUUGAAAUCGACGCAACUUCUGGAGAGGCGCCAAAAAUACCUUUCUGAUCCAGCAAUGGAGAAUUUGCGCAACACUCGCAUGUCUUUACCAAUAUACACUCGUUCUAAGGAGCUAUUAUCGCAUAUCCAGGAUAACGAAGUAACUAUAUGCAUGGCGGCGACCGGCUCGGGAAAAACUACACAAAUACCGCAGCUAAUCCUUGAUGAUUACAUUGACAGGGAACAAGGUGCCCGAUGCAACAUCAUUUGCACGCAACCACGUCGGCUAGCAGCAUUGAGUGUCGCCGAUCGGGUGGCAAAAGAAAGAGGGGAGGUGGUUGGUAAAGGGUCGAUUGGUUAUAGCGUCCGGUUUGAGUCGAAGGUACCUGAAGAGCAUGGCUGCGUCACUUUUUGCACUACCGGUGUACUGCUGAAGAGGCUUCAAUCUGCGCUUACCGAGGGAGGUCUCGCAGCCGCCAAGAUGGAUGAAGUUACUCACAUCGUUGUCGAUGAAGUGCACGAGCGGGAUGUGGAUACGGAUCUGCUGCUUGUGGUUCUGAAACAAAUGCUGGAGGAUCGGAAAUCAAGGAAUGUGCCGCUGAAGAUUGUGCUUAUGAGUGCUACGAUCGACCCCUCACUAUUUCAAAAGUAUUUCCCCACCGAGCAAGGCAAUCCAGCAGACGUCAUUGAGGUCCCAGGCCGUUUGUUCCCCGUCACGAAACACUUUUUGGAGGAUUUCAUACCAAGCAUGAAGUCCAAUCCUCGGACAGGCUGGGUUUUCCAUGAAGAUUCCGUAGUGAAGUAUCUGAGAAAUGAAGAUAUGUACGCUUUGGAUGGUAAAGGGUCCAAGCAAAUGGUUUCUCCAUCAUCACGCGGCGUGGACGAAGACUUGGAGCUACCUUAUCCCCUCAUAGCCCUUGCCAUCUCACACGUCCUUCAGAAAACCGACUCGGGGCACGUCCUCGUUUUCUUGCCUGGUUGGGAGGAAAUUACCGCAGUUCAGCGUAUCUUACUUUCGGGCCGCAUGGAUCUCAACUUUUCGGAUAGCUCCAAGUAUGGUCUUCAUCUCCUGCACUCCACAAUACCGUUGGCAGAACAGCAGGUCAUCUUCGAACCUCCACCUGAAGGUGUACGGCGUAUCAUUUUGGCAACAAACAUCGCGGAGACAUCUAUUACCAUUCCCGACGUAGUAUAUGUGAUUGACUCGGGCAAAGUCAAAGAGCAGCGCUACAAUCCUGAUAAACACAUGACGUCUUUGGUUUCCGCUUGGGUAGGGUCUUCCAACCUCAAUCAAAGAGCAGGUCGUGCAGGUCGACAUCGGUCCGGUGAAUACUUUGGAAUCCUCGGCAAAGCACAUGCCGCUGGCCUACAUCCACACCAAACGGUUGAAAUGAAACGAGUUGAUUUGACCAAUGUCGUUAUGCAUGUUAAAGCACUCAAUUUCCCUGGUAUGGAGGUGGAAGACGUGCUAGCAGCAACAAUUGAGCCUCCCGAGAGUGAGAGAGUGGCUGCAGCUAUGAAGGACCUUCAAAUGGUUGGGGCCCUUGAUGGCAAGAAGAAUCUGACGCCUUUAGGCCGUGUCCUCCUUCAGCUUCCUGUUGACGUACAGAUGGGGAGACUCGUGCUUUAUGGAAGCUUUUUCCGUUGUCUCGAUCAGGCUCUAACCCUCGCGGCCAUCCUUACGAAUCGUGACCCAUUCGUCUCUCCUGUACAUCUUCACGAAGAGGCUGCCAAAGCAAAAGCGAGAUGGCUGCCAGCUGACUUUAGGUCUGAUGCCCUUACGAUUCUGCAGGCAUACAAUACUUGGUGGGCCAUGCAAUCGAAAGGUGAAUAUAACUCGGCAAAUCGCUUCUGUUCGGAAAACUUCCUGUCGAAACCGACGCUUCUCUUGAUUUCGAAAAUCCGCGGACAUCUGUUACAGUCGAUGUACCAAGCUGGAGUAAUAGAUGUUUCCGCUGGAGGAAGCGUAACAGCUCCCACUCGCCGUAGGGAACCUGCCGUCCCACCAGAGCUCAACGCGAAUGGUGAGUCGCUACCACUGCUUGCUGCACUUAUUGCCGUGGCAUCGCAACCCAAAUUUGCUAUUCGCCAGGGUGAGAGGUCGUACCGUACUGCACAGGACAAGACAACAUUUAUCCAUCCAUCCAGUGUCAAUCACCGUAAACGACUACUUCAGAAUCCUGAGAUCGCCAGUCAAGGAGAGAAGCAGCUGUAUGCUUUCACGGAGAAACGUCAAAAUCUUUCAAUGGCAGGCUCAAGCAGCACUCCUUCUAUGUAUCUGAUAACGACAACACGACUUGAUCCCAUGACUUACAUGUUGUUUGGGGCUUACGAGAUUCAGGUCACAGAACGUGGUUUGGAGUGCGAUGGAUGGCUGCCUAUCGUAGGUGAUCUAGAUACGCUAGAUGACAUCCAGCGCUUGAAGACCCUCAUGGAGUCCUGCAUGUUGAGGGUCUUUGAAGGUAUCGUCGUUGGCCAGCGCCAUAGGAGAGGACAGCAGCCCAUACCGUCGUAUGAGGAGUCCGAAACGACAGAUGAGGACUUCAGUUCGAAUCAGGGUAACCCGUUAUCGAGCCAAGAACUCAAGGACCUGGAUCUUCUCACACGGGAUAUCGUUCGGGUUCUUAAUCAGUAUAGCGACGAACGUACUGAAUCACAAUCAAGGCAAAACUCUCGUCCGGGUACGCCUAUGGGUUCGCCAUCGUUUAACUCCAUGCGGCUAUCAGGGCGUUCAACCCCUUAUUCAUCGUGGACUGGGUCGUCAGAGCAAAGCUCCCUUCCAGCGACGCCUAUGGGUUCACCGUCAUUCAGCUCGAUACGGUUACCACUAAUCGGCUCACGAUCGGGGUAUUCAACCCCUCAUUCGAUCUACACCUCUAGACCAAACGCCAGGGGGAAUGGCGCCGAUAUGCCGAGUGAUCACUGUGACUCACCUGAAAGAGCCAAAGAGUACAGGGAGGGUCAGACUCCUAAACCAUUCUGCGCUGUGUGCGACUUCUCUUCAACAGUUCAACCUAUGUCUCGACUGAAUGGGAUGAUCAUUCUUGUGACACCACUGAAUAUCUUGGGAGACAAGAAUAUAGCAGAAUUAGAAGCUAUUGGGAUAACAGGAGUCAAUCUAACAGCUGCUACAGCAACGAAUGAAAUAUUUAAGGUGGAUAUUGCUGCACAUAGUUUCCGCAUAGUGAUUGUCAGCCCCGAACGAGUAUGA